AUGUCACCAUGGGGUACAAGCCGCCGAUGGGCACACUGCGUGUGGAGCCAAAUCUCUCAUCACCUCGCCUUCAAUGCUACGCUUUCCUCAUCACACCCGGUUGCGGGCCAUCAACGUGGACUGGGGCCGGUCGUGGUGCUUCUAUUAGCAGUGACUGAAUCGACCAUGGACUUCUCUGCCCGCCCUGCAGUAGGGAACAACUCGUGUGGUUGGUUUCACCGAGCCGUUGUGCAGUCAGGUAGUUCGCCCACCGUCAACAUCUUUGUGCAAGGUAUGCCCCUGCCACGUGCUGAUUCGUUUCUUUCUGCAGGAGACCAGUCUGUGCCCAUUCUCUACCCCUGGGCGCCGUUUCGGUGCGGACUGGGUCAUCGUCCCGGUCCCCUCGCCUGGGCCAGCCCGACACACCCUGGGCACAACUCCGUACUGCGUAGUGCUGAAAUGCCCUGAGAGAGUCCCGCCGCCGGGGCCGGCCGCCAGGGCCCUGGUGGCAUCGAACUGCCCCCCGGCACGCCAUGUAACCCAACGAUCUCCACAGGGGGGUGGGUUAGCCGUUUUGGAUGUCGUACCGGCCGUUCGUCCCUCGACAAGGCGGC